CUCUCUUUUCUUUAAUUCUAUACAUACAUAAAAAAAAAGGGUAAAUUUCUGAAGGGGGUUUCUCACUUUCACAAAAUAAAUAAAUAGACAAAAUGACUUCUCUUGGACGUGGGGUAUUUAUUCCUGUACCUACAUUUUUUAAGGAAAAUGAAGAUCUUGAUUUAGAAGCCUUUGAUCAACAUAUUAAAUAUUUGGCCAAUUCUGGUAUUGCAGGUAUUGUCGUGUUAGGAUCAAUGGGUGAAGCUGUUCAUUUAUCAGAACAAGAAAGAAUUCAAGUUAUCGAGCAAUGUUCAGUCUCUGUAAAGAAAUAUAAUCCUAAAUUAAAAAUUAUUGCCGGUACCUCAGCUCAAAGCGCUAAAGUGACAGUUGAAUACGUGGAACAGGCAAAGAAAGUAGGAGCUGAGUUCAGUCUUAUUUUACCCCCUUCAUUCUAUAAAGGAUCUAUUGAUGAUGAUGCCCUAGUUCAAUUCUAUACAACAGUUGCUGAUCGUUCGCCUUUACCUAUUAUCAUCUAUAAUUAUCCUGGUGUAUGUCAGGGAAUUGAUAUUCUUAUCUCCGUCUUAGUUAAGCUAUCAAAGCAUAAAAACAUCAUUGGUAUAAAAGGAACAGAUGGUAAUGUUGGAAAAAUGGCUAAUUUGGUUAAUAAAACAACUCCUGAAGGUAAGAAAUGAGAAAGAGGGGGAGUGAUUAUGUAUUGUUACUUAUUUUAUUGUUAUUUUGUAGAGGUGACUUUAUUGGCAGGAUCAGUUGACUUUUUCUUAUCCGAAUUAAUCCUUGGAGCAGUUGGGUUGAUUCCAGGUGCAGGUAAUGUCUUUCCUUCACUUUGCGUACAAAUUCAAAAAUUAUACGAAGGAGGAAAAAUGCAAGACGCAAUUGCUUUACAAAGAAAGCUUGUAGAAGCAGAUGAUGCUCUUUGCAGGUGGUAUGGUAUUCCAGGAAUUAAGAGCUUUAUUCAUGCAAAAUUGGGAUAUGGACAUAAUAUUUGCCGUAAUCCACUCGAAAAAAUAUCAGAAGCAAAGGCACGUCAAAUUCAAGAAGCUGUAGAAGAAGCUUUUCAGCUUGAACAAUCUUUCCAUUCAUCAUUUAAAAACUAAGAAAUAAAUUAAUAAACUUAAUAAUUGAUUACGUCAUCCAGAUU